AUGCUAUUACUCAAACUUCUAAAUCUUUUGUGUCUCGUGAUAAGCUGUUUAUGUUCAGAAAAUGACAAUUUCAAACUAGCAAUCCCCAUAUACUUCGAUAUUUCAAAACAUCUCAAAUUUUUAAUACCUAGAACUCAAAAACUUUUGAAUGAUGACUUAUCACAACGAGAAUUCGAUAUUGAAUAUCAAACUAAACUCAUCUGGGGACCAGGGCCUUCAUACACCAUCAAAUUAGAUUAUGGUGAGGAAGAAUCUUACUUCAUAUCACCAUAUGGGAAAACUAUAACAAUUUAUCAAACUGAUUUCUUAAUUGCUGCAAAUAAAGUUCAUGAAUUUAUAGCUAGAGUUAUUGAAGAUUGUUUACUAAAGAUUGAAUUGGAUUUCUUUGAUUCUGGUGUCAUUGUUCCACAUGAUAAUGUUGGUAUUGAUAUUGGUCCAAAUCAUAUAAUUGAUAUUCAUAUUAUAUCAUCAAGACAAUACAAUUGGGAUAAGGCACUAUUUGAUGAAGUGUUCCAGCCUGUGAUUAAUGAACUAUAUGAUUUGAUUGAGUUGGAUGUUAAAGUUAAUCAUGUUAAUGAAAUUUAUAAACCUGUUUUACACCUUGAUGACUUUAAUUCAAUUUUAAACCAUGAAAAAUUAACAUUUCUAAUAUAUUUAAGUGAUGAUGAAAUGAUAAUAUCAGGUAUUGAUUCUUCUCAAAUAAUCAUUCCUAAAAAAGGAGCAAUUCAAUUAGUUCAUCUUAAUGAAGAUCUCGAUGAAAUGGAACAAAUUGAAAUAUUGGAAGUUUUAACAGGUCAAUUAUUCAAAUUAUUAGGGAUGAAUUUCCAAGAACCAAAAUCUCCAUUCAUAAGGAUUGAUUUUAUGAUUAGAAAACAAAUUCAUAUAAAUUAUUUGAAAUUGAAAUCAAGUGAAAAAACUCAUAUUCAAAAAUUGAUGAAUGAAGCUAAAUGGGGCGAUGCACUACGUUUAUCAUGGGAUUUCCUAAGAUUAACAUGA